AUGGUGAGGCGAAUGGGCUGGGGGGGGAGCAGAGGGCGUCUGGGGCGGUGGGGAGACCUGGGCCCUGGAUCGGUGCCUCUCCUCCCCAUGCCACUGCCUCCUCUUCCUCCUCCUCCAUGUCGGGGGCCUGGCGGAGGGAGGAUUUCCAUCUUCUCUCUGUCCCCUGCCCCUCACACAAGAAGCUCUCCUUCCUCAGCUCCCCCUCUGGCCCUGGGACCCCCCUGCCCAGCGGUGCAGGCCCCAGGGGCCUCUCAGCCUCGCCACAGUGCCCUCCCCACCCCAACAACACAGGCACAGUCCACGAUGACCCCCACCUCUGCUCCCCCCUCUUGGGGCUCUCACUCCGACCCACCCCUGGCCUCAGUGACUCCCCCUCCCUCACGCCGAUGCCCCCAGGACCCUCCUGGGCUGCGGAUAGGCCCUCUGAUCCCUGAGCAGGAUUAUGAACGGCUGGAAGACUGUGACCCUGAAGGGUCCCAAGAUUCACCCGUCCACGGGGAAGACCAGCAACCCCUGCUCCACGUGCCCGAAGGGCUCCGAGGUUCCUGGCACCACAUCCAAAAUCUGGACAGCUUCUUCACCAAGGUCUACAGCUAUCAUCAGAGGAAUGGUUUUGCCUGCAUCCUGCUGGAGGAUGUCUUCCAGUUGGGACAAUUCGUCUUCAUUGUCACCUUCACAACCUUCCUCCUUCGGUGUGUGGAUUACAACAUCCUCUUCGCCAACCACCUGAACAACCGGACGAGACCUGGGUUGCUCCACAACAAAAUAACCUUGGCAGAUGCCAUCCUGUCCUCCUCCCAGUGUGCCCAGCGGAUCCGCUCCAGCCCCCUGCUGGUCUUCUUGCUGACCCUGGCUGCGGCCUUCUGGCUGUUACAGCUGCUUCGCUCAGUCUGCAACCUGUUCGGCUACUGGGACAUCCAGGUGUUUUACAGGGAGGCCCUGCACAUACCUCCGGAGGAGCUCAGCUCGGUGCCCUGGGCCGAGGUGCAGUCCCGCCUGCUGGCGCUGCAGAAGAGCGGGGGGCUGUGCGUGCAGCCGCGGCCGCUGACCGAGCUCGACGUGCACCACCGGAUCCUGCGCUACACCAACUACAAGGUGGCGCUGGCCAACAAGGGCCUGCUGCCCGCCCGCUGCGCGCUGCCCUGGGGCGGCAGUGCGGCCUUCCUCAGCCGCGGCCUGGCGCUCAACGUCGAUCUGCUGCUCUUCCGCGGGCCCUUCUCGCUCUUCCGCGGGGGCUGGGAGCUGCCCGACGCCUACAAGCGCAGCGAGCAGCGGGGCGCCCUGGCCGCGCGCUGGCGGCGCACGGUGCUGCUGCUGGCCGCCGUGAACCUGGCGCUAAGCCCGCUGGUGCUGGCCUGGCAGGUGCUGCACGCCUUCUACAGCCACGCCGAGCUGCUGCGGCGCGAGCCGGGGGCGCUGGGGGCGCGCCGCUGGUCCCGCCUGGCCCACCUGCAGCUGCGCCACUUCAACGAGCUGCCGCACGAGCUGCGCGCGCGCCUGGCCCGCGCCUACCGGCCGGCCGCCGCCUUCCUACGCGCCGCCGCGCCCCCCGCACCCCUGCUGGCGCUGCUGGCCCGCCAGCUCGUCUUCUUCGCCGGCGCGCUCUUCGCCGCGCUGCUCGUGCUCACCGUCUACGACGAGGACGUGCUGGCCGUGGAGCACGUGCUCACCGCCAUGACCGCGCUCGGGGUCACGGCCACCGUGGCCAGGUCUUUCAUUCCGGAAGAGCAGGGCUGGAGUCGCUCCCCGAAGUUCCUGCUGCAGGCGGCUUUGGCACACAUGCACUACCUCCCGGAGGAGCCCGGCCCCGCGGGCAAGGCCAGCGCUUACCGGCAGAUGGCGCGGCUGUUGCAGUACCGAGCGGUCUCCCUCCUGGAGGAGCUUCUGUCCCCUCUCCUCACUCCACUGUUUCUGCUCUUCUGGUUCUCCCCUCGUUCUCUGGAGAUCAUUGACUUUUUUCAUCAUUUCACUGUGGAUGUGGCUGGCGUUGGGGACAUCUGUUCCUUUGCCCUUAUGGAUGUGAAGCGCCACGGGCACCCUCAGUGGCUCUCAGCCGGCCAGACAGAGGCCUCCCUGUCUCAGCGCGCAGAAGAUGGAAAGACUGAGCUCUCCUUGAUGCGGUUCUCCCUGGCCCACCCACAAUGGCGCCCCCCAGGGCACAGCUCCAAGUUCCUGGGGCACCUUCGGGGCAGGGUACAACAAGAUGCCGCAGCCUGGGGCGCCACCUCCGUUCGCAGCCCCCCCACGCCUGGGAUGCUCAGCGACUCUUCCUCACCUCUGCCCGAGGCCUUCCUGGCCAACCUCUUGGGGCAGCCCCUCCUGCCCCCACGGGACCUGAGCCCCACAGCCCCCUGCCCAGCUGCAGCCACAGCCAGCCUCUUGGCCUCCAUUUCCCGCCUUGCCCAGGACCCGAGCUGUGUGUCCCCAGGAGGCACUGGGGGCCAGAAGUUGGCCCAGCUUCCAGAACUUGCUUCUGCUGAAAUGAGUCUUCAUGCCAUCUACCUGCACCAGCUCCAUCAGCAGCAGCAGCAGGAACUGUGGGGUGAGGCUUCAGCCUCUUCCCUGUCCAGGCCCUGGUCCAGCCCCUCCCAGACACUCUCGCCUGACGAGGAGAAGCCAUCCUGGUCAAGUGAUGGCUCUAGUCCUGCCUCCAGCCCCAGACAGCAGUGGAGAACCCAGAGGACCCAGAAUCUGCUCCCUGGAAGGUUUCAGGAGACCACGGACACCCAGAAGGAGCCUGGUCUGGCCCCUAGCACUGACUGA